CCUCCCACGCUCACGCCAAUCACGCCUCCUCCCCAAAACUCACCAUUCUAUCCUUGCCAAUCUACAAAUGUCCGACCUCAAGCCUCUUACAGCGUUCAUAUCCGGCCCCCUCGACCCCACACCCGCCUACUUCGCCAUCCACUACGCCCCCAAACUCGACACUGCCAUCGCCGCAGGUCACAACUUCAUCAUCGGGCCUGUGCGCGGAGUCGAUGCGCUUGCUCUGCAAUACUUACUAGAAAAGGGCGCGGAGCCUAAGAGAAUCAGCGUGUACAUGGCGCGCUUCGAAUUUGCCUCGUCCACCUGGCGCACUUCUUUCACGUCGCUUGGGGUGAACGUGGUGGAAGUGGAGGAUGCGGUGACGACGCGGGAGCGGGAUGCGGCGAUGACGCGGGAUAGCGAUUAUGACAUCUUGAGGUACAGGACGGAGGAGGAGGCAAGGGCGGCGUAUGGGGCGGGUUGGUGGCCGCGGGUGAGUAAUACGGAGAUGAACGAGAGGAGGCGAGCGGGGGAUGAGAGUCAAGAGUAUAGGCCAAGUGGCGAGGUAGAGGGAGGAAAGGCUGUUAAGCAGGAGGAGACGAAGUCGAAGGUAAGGAAGUUGUUUCGACGGAAGUGAGAUGGGGGGGAAGAUGAGUUCGUGCUGAGAAUGUAAAAAAGCACGAUGGAUCAUGAACACGUUGUAUUUGCUACAGACGACAAAGAACGCCGGAAUCGUCAUAAUCAUGUUCCAGUCGUUGUCCCGCCCCAAAAAAUCAAUCGUACAGAUUCGCCAAUUUCAAACCAUUGCCGGACGCCAGGGAGAUGACAGAAAGAAAAUGACUAGAGCCUAGUAAGAGAGUAGGAAA